CCCUGCUCCACCUGGAAGGCAGAAGAGCCACCAGCACAAUCGAGGCUCAGCCGUGUUGUUGAAAGCAGGUGUGUGAAGAGGCAGGGAGCCCGGCCGCCGCCCCGCCGCCCUGCCCCGGGAGCCGGAGGGCAGGAGCCAGCCCUGAGCGGCGGAGCAGCGCGGCAGCCCCCUCCCGCCCCGGGCGGAGCGAUGGAUCGUGGAGCCGCAGCGCCGGGGAACUGUCCGCGGUCCUGAGAUGCCCGCGCCGGGUCCCUGUCUGCGGGAAGAGGCGCUGGGCUCCCGCUGCCCCCCCUGAACCGGUGCGGCAGGGUCUGUCCCCCCUGCGCUGCCGCUGGAGCCCGGGGCCUGAGCCGUCGGCACAGGGAUGCAGGAUGCACCCGCUCUGGAGGAUGGAUCACGUUUUCAUCUACAUCAACGCAGCCCUGUUGUUUUAUUUUAGCUAUGCCAGCCUGUUCCUCGUGGAGGCAGACAGCCCGUCCGCCCCAGUCAAUGUCACAGUCAAACAUCUGAAGGCCAACUCGGCUGUUGUGACCUGGGAUGUUCUGGAGGAUGAAGUUGUUAUUGGAUUUGCAAUCUCCCAGCAGAAGAAGGAUGUGCGGAUGCUGCGCUUUAUCCAAGAGGUGAACACCACCACCCGCUCGUGCGCCCUCUGGGACCUGGAGGAGGACACCGAGUACAUUGUGCACGUCCAGUCCAUCAGCAUCCAGGGCCAGAGUCCAGCCAGUGAACCCGUCCUCUUCAAGACCCCCAGGGAAGCCGAGAAGCUGGCUUCAAAGAAUAAAGAUGAGGUGACGAUGAAGGAGAUGGGGAAGAACCAGCAGCUGCGAGCUGGGGAAAUUCUCAUCAUUGUCGUGGUGUUAUUCAUGUGGGCAGGAGUGAUCGCCCUGUUUUGCAGGCAGUAUGACAUCAUCAAAGAUAACGAACCAAAUAACAACAAGGAGAAAGCCAAGAGUGCGUCUGAGAGCAGCACUCCGGAGCACCAGAGCGGAGGGCUCCUGCGCAGCAAGUUUCCAAAAAACAAGCCUUCAGUGAAUAUCAUCGAAGCAUGACAGCCUGCCAUCCGAUAGAUGGACUCCAUUUCUCGCUCUCCCUCUCUGCUUCUGAGCCCUGAUGACUGGAGAAGUGAAACACUGUCGGAGCGGUUUGGAGAGACCUACUGGUUGUCCAGUUCUGGCAUAAAUCUCCUUGCCCUUGCUCUGCAAAAGACAACUGGAGAGAGAGAAAAAAUCCUGAAGAAAAAAAAACCCCACAUAAGCCACUGUCUGAGAAGGAAAAGCUUCUGUGAAACUGAUGCCUCAGGCGAUUCUGUAUCGGACUCACAAUUCACCCAGGCUGUAACAAAUCCCAACAGACUCAUCUUCCUCCCUCCCGCCUCCUCUGUCUCCUGGAGCGAUUUGCCUCUCUUUGGAGAUCACACAAUUUCAUUGUAUUUUGCUUCACUGUCGCCGCGUGUUGACAGCAUCAACAUGGGCUCAGGCUGCAUUUGCCAUUUCUCUUCAGAGAAACGAGAAAGAAACAGUAGACAGUGGCAGAGAAAAGGAUUGUGGCUGCUGUGAACUCUAAUCUCACUCCAUAGCACUCAUGUGUGGCGUGUAAUACAUUUUGCAGGUGGGAUUUUUUUGUAUGUUUGUUUUUAACAAAGGCACAUUACAGUUUCCAUCUGGAUGGUCACUA